AUGCUCUCCGCCGCUAAUGCCUUUUCUCUGCUGCUGCGCAGGAGUCCCUGCGAAUGUAAUUCACCUGCCGGUGCCUCCAGCAGAAGGAGGCUAAUCCCAUUGUGCGGUUUAGCGGCCCCCCCGCCCAGAGGUGAGGCGGCAGGAGCGGUGGGCGCCGCUGUCCGGUCCGAGCCCUGCCCAGCCCAGCUCAGCCGGCCCCCGCCUGCCCAGCAUGUCCGGGAAGGUGUGGAAAGACUGGAAACAUCUAACUUGAUAAGUACCAUAAAAUUCCCUGUGCUGCCUCUGGAUUGCCUAAUAACAGAUCAAGCCUUUGUGACCCUUGCUACUGAUGAUGUGUACUGUCAAGGCGCUCUUGUUCUUGGACAGUCCUUGAGGAAUCAUAGGACAUCCAGAAAAUUGGCAGUUCUAAUUACUCCAGAGGUUUCCAGUGGGAUGAGGUCAGUCCUCAGCAGCGUAUUUGAUGAGGUGAUCGAGGUGGGUGUGCUUGACAGCGCUGACUCAGUCCAUUUGGCUCUGAUGCAGAGGCCAGAACUGGGUGUAACCUUCACUAAGCUUCAUUGUUGGACUCUUACUCAUUACAGCAAAUGUGUCUUCAUGGAUGCAGACACUUUGGUACUUUGCAACGUUGAUGAGUUGUUUGAUCGAGAAGAGUUUUCUGCAGCUCCUGAUUCUGGCUGGCCUGACUGCUUCAAUAGUGGUGUGUUUGUGUUCCAGCCCUCCCUGAAGACUUACAACCUGCUGCUCCAGUUUGCUGCUGAGCACGGCAGCUUUGAUGGAGGUGAUCAAGGCUUGUUGAACAGCUUCUUCAGCAACUGGGCAACAGCAGAUAUUGGCAAACACUUGCCUUUCCUCUAUAACUUGAGCAGCAGCUCUGUAUACACCUAUGUUCCUGCUUUCAAUCAUUUUGGUAGAGAUGCCAAAGUUGUUCAUUUCUUGGGAGCAACAAAGCCCUGGAACUACAAAUACAACCUUCAAACAAAGAGAGUUAUGCAGGAUGGUACCACAUCUGGAUCUUCUCAUCAGCUGUCAUUCCUUGCCCUCUGGUGGAAUAUAUACAGCGCCAGUAUAUUGCCUUUGUUGGAAAAACUUCAAAAGAUGGAAGAAUCAGAAUCUGAGGAAUGCAAGCACGCUUUCAAUGGAGUUGAAGUUACCCUGAAGAAGGUCAGUCCUUAUGUGGCCAGUUCUCUACAAAAGCCUGAGCUCCCAGAGCAGACAAGUGAAGUAAAUCCCACAGCAUACUCACCCGAGGAACUCGCCUUCAAAGCUCAACCUGUACAUGAAGUCGAACCAAGAGAUUCUAACAUCUGUCCCUCUGAGCCUGACAGACCUUCAGAACAACCUGCAUUGCAACCUGCACUUCAGGAAACCUCAGAAAUGAAUGAGGUUGCACAUUUUGUUUCAGAGCUGUCUAUUCACUUCAAACCAGCAAAACCAACUCCAGAAGAUGAGCGGAGAAAGUGGGAGGAAGGGCGCAUGGACUACAUGGGGAAAGAUGCUUUUGAACAUAUCAAAAAGAAGUUGGAUGCAUUUUUACACUAAGACAGGGUGUACUGUUAUGCCCAUAAUGAUAGAUUUCUUUAUAAAUGCAAUUAUUGAAUACUUGGCUGUCUUAACCAGUUUAGGUGACACCAGUUAGAGGUGAUUAUUGAUCCUCAUACAUUUUUGGGGGACCUUAACAGAUACAGAAUCUUGGUUUUUAACUGAUAAAUGUGCCUCAACUUUAUUGUUACAUGUGUCUCAUCUUCAUUGUCCUUAUGCAGUGCCUUCUAAAGAAUAAUGAAUGGUACCUUCUGAGUAUAAACUCUCAUGUAUUUAUCACUCUUCCCUGAUGCACCCCAUCUGCAGAAACAGUCAUGUGUCGGAAACACGUUGGAAGUUGAGAUUGUUUUGGAAAUUGAACUUCUCCCAAACUGAGAUUACUCCCAAAGUACAUUCAGAAGUUGCUAUAAAGUAUUUAAAUAAAAAGAAC